AUGGCGGAAAAUAGUAGAUGUUCGCGAAGCUACGUAUUUAAAAGUGGCAUAAUUGCCGUUCUUGUCCUCACGGCUUCAAAUCUAGUGUUCUUCAUGGUGUAUGAACGCUUCAGUUACCAUGGUAUUCACACUAGAAUGAGCAAUUUGCUGACUUAUAGUAGAAAUAUAUCAUAUGAAAUAGAACAAAUAGUUCAACGAUUCAAUGGAACUGUGCAAUUCAAUGGAAGUUCAUAUAUGAGGACGGACGUAACCAAUGAUACCAUCCAGAGUUCGCUAGCCAAAUGUCCUGAGAACCCGCCAAAACUAGUUGGACCACUGGCUACUUAUAAGAGAUCGCCAUCCUUUCCAGAGAUAGAAAAAGAAUACUCGUGGUUACUUGCCGGUGGCUGUUAUACUCCUCUGGAGUGUCAAAGUGAUCACAGAGUGGCCGUCAUUAUACCAUAUAGGAACAGACAGCAACAGUUAAAGACUUUUCUCUAUAACAUCCACCCCAUUCUUCAACGACAGCAAAUACACUACGGAAUUUACGUUAUAGAGCAGUCUGGUAACAGCACGUUUAACCGGGCCUUGUUGAUGAACAUCGGUUACGCCGAGUCUGUGAAGAUCAACAACUACAAUUGUUUCGUUUUCCAUGACGUUGACCUGAUACCGGAGGAUGACCGGAUUCACUACGGAUGUGGCAAGCAGCCCCGCCAUCUAUCGGCUGCUAUUGAUAAAUUCCAAUACAGACUUCCUUACAAAAAUCUGUUUGGAGGAGUCUCACAAUUACCCAAAGAAGUCUUUGUUAGGAUAAACGGAUUCUCGAACAAAUAUUUUGGUUGGGGAGGAGAGGAUGACGACUUAAGCGUAAGAGUACGUACUGAAGGAUACACUGUGGAGAGGUAUUCAAUGAAUAUUGCCAGAUACAGAAUGAUCAAACAUGAGCAUGAAAGCAGUAUAGCACAAAACUUUUCUAGAUUUGGUCUCCUUAAAAAAGCAAAUAAGCGAUAUAAAACUGACGGACUGAACAGCCUCAAAUACCAAGUGUUAAAUAUCACGUAUAACAAGUUGUACACGAUGGUGUCGGUGUUGGUGAAACAAUCAGACUACAAGAUGACAACUUUAGAAUAA